AUGGAGUUGGCCUACUUCACCCGCCUCUGCUACAACGAUAGGGAGUUUGCUAUUACGCACGCGGACGCUUUCCAGUUCGCAAUAGAGCGACGGCCCUCGACGCGUGAGAUCCUCGCCUUCGACACACAGAUCCAGACGCUUCCCCAGACCUUGACUCGGUACUCAGAAAGCGGGCUAGAACUUUUCGGAGAAGAGACUGUGCGCCACAAUUUCGCGGGCCCCAUCAUCAAUGGCGCGACGCCCCUCAUCUACGCCUGCUACCACGGCCAUCACGUCAUCGCCCAGCAUCUCUCAGACCACACAGCUCAGCCAUGUAGCAGGGACGCACUGGGACGCACGGCGCUCAUGUGGGCUUGCUGCAAUAUUACCACUCCAGAGGCGUUAGACUGUGCACUUCUGCUCGUAGAUAAGGAGGCGGGCAUGGCAGAUUCCUGUGGCAACACUGCCUUGAUGUAUCUAUUAGAAAACAUGUACUUGCGGAAGUAUGAUAAGUACCUAGAAUUAUUCCGCAGACUCGUUCGCGUUGAGGCUAGACGCUUCAACCAGGCCAACAACACAGCGCUCAUGCUGCUGGUUAACUCCGACACGUCAUUUGAUAACAUCUUAUCUGCCGAUCAAAUACGUUUGCGCAAGCAUGUCCUUAAGGAGCUCUGUGAGGUUGAAGGACCGCUGGUAGCAAUAACAAAUACGACCGCAAUGGCAAUCUUUCUACACAACACAGAGCGGAUUUCUCCUCUAAAGCACAAUGACUACUUGGAAAUUAUUGACUGUCUGCUUCCAUAUGAGGGGCUUCUCAUGGAUGUCAAGGCCAUUGAUAAGAACAUGUUCAAACACCUCUGUAAAACAGAUGAUGGUAGGAAACGUAUACAAGAGUUGACAACAUAUAGACCGUUUAAGUUUAGAGCAGAUUUUGUCUGCGGAGAAUACGGAGUGCAUCAACUUCAGGAUCGGCUACACGCCAUAGCUCUGAGUUACAUCAAUACAACAAAGCAGCGCCUUUCGGAACUGUAUGGCGAACACCUUGGCAUGGACUCUCUUCUAGCUCUUACCAUACCGGAUAGCUCCGAUGACCCAAUUUUGAGGAUAACUCCGGAGCAUAUAACAUCGACUCUACUCUGUAGUCUGGAUGAGACUAGCCUUGACCUUCUGCAGAAUAAUACAACGAUUGGGUUGCCUUGUUUCAAAGACUCUCUUCAUCUGAGUGAAAUGAGCACUAUAGUCAUGGAUGAUCAAGAGGAGCCUCUGGCCCCUAGUGAGCAUAUUUCUAGUAUUAUUCAAAGCCCAAACAAGUCCAUCAGUAUCUUGUUAGGGCACACCGAAGACCAGUUGCCAUCUAAGACUGAGGCUAAGCUGGCAGUGCCUGGUAUGAGAGACAGCGACAGCAUUGUUGCAUCUCUGCCCGGUGUAGGCUCUAAACUAGCGGUUACAUCUACUCUUCUGCAACCUGAAGGUAGCCAUUUGCUUGAAACCACAGCGAGCGUGGCACCCACUGCCUCUACGUAUAAUCAAGAUCUAGGCCAAGCAGAAGGGCUCCUCUUCACAACAUACAUCGCUAAGAACAUGUACCACGUUGUCUUCUACUAUCUUACCAGCAAGAGAUUCUUGCAACGUAGGGCCUUGUUAUACAACACGCAUAUGCUCCCAGGCUCUACUUCCCACCUCAUUCAGCUGACGAGAAAUAAGCUGCUGAUGGCAUUGGAGCUGGGCCAUGUUGAGGUACUUGUUGUGCUCCUUAUGAUGUACUACCAUGACCACGUUACCAUCCCUUUUGCUCCUCUUCUCAAACGUGGGAGCGCUCUUCUUGAUCAGAUGGCCGAUACUGUGCCCAAGAACGUUAGUCGCGGUGGUGGCACAGACCCCGUUGUGAGCGCACGUACUGGCCUAGCCGAGUGUGUGGAUGUCCUGAGAGCCUUGGAUCUCCGCAUAGACGAAAUAUUCAACAAGAUACGGCUUCAUCUUGGAGGCCGCUUCGUCACUGCGCUGGAGAUCAUGCGGCCGUCCCUGAAGCUCCACCAGCAGAGGGGCGCGGCCUCGGACACGAUUGAGUAA